AUGCACGGCGAGCUGCUCCUUAUUGGGUUCAAGCUCGAGCAGAUGGGUCGCCACGACACGGCUUGCACCGACGGCUCGCUCGCUUUCAAGCAGCGCGCGCAUCCUGAAAUCAAAGAGUGGGUCAUGGAUCUGGUGCGCAAGGGGUGCUCGGAGGCGUCCAUUGUAGCGCAGUUGGAAGGGCCAACUCUCAACCCGCCGCCUCGCCCUCUUUCAAGUUGGAACGUACCGUACACUUCUGGUCGCUGGUAUCCCACCAAAGACGCAAUUCGCAUGAUGAUAGUCAACUCAAGCAGCGAGAAGCUACAUGGAACCGACCAGCAGCGCAUCGACCAAUUUCUCGCGUCAUCCUCGUCGUAUGCCUGCUCUCACCCUCACUCGCUCUACCCAGAUGGGCAGUGCCCCGGCGAAAGCCAAUACGGCGACAAAAGCGAUGUCAUCUAUCAUCAAUUUGUUCACUGCGACUGCCAGAGCUGCCUCGAAAUCUCCCUGAAGGAGUCGAACAUUCUGAUUUUAAUGACGCCUUGUCAGCGGGCAACGUGGGACGCCCUUCGUCCCAAGGUCCUGUUCCUGGAUUCAACCUUCUCAGUCAACCGCUACGACUGGGCGACAACAGCACUCGUCGCUGCUGACGAAGCAGGCGCUGGUGUGCCGCUGGCGUUCAUGAUCUCCGACAGAGAUCGCGAGCAUGAAUAUGCGCGGUUCUUGUCCGAGGUCAAGCACGCCGUAGGUGAAGCGUUUAAUCCG